CCGCCCGCAUCAGAGACAACCCCAACCAGCCCUCAAACUCCUCACGAUCAACGCCAAGGGACUCAACUCCCCACAGAAGCGAGCGAGAACUGAAAGCCCUACAUGUAUCCAUAGCGUUCUUCCAGGAAACCCACUUCAAAACUGACAAGUGGCCCAAGUUCUCGAACAAACACUUCCCGCUGAGUUUCCACGCCACCAACCCGGACUCAAAAACCAAUGGGACGGCUAUACUUUUUUCAGUCGAAGUACCGUUCCAACUGGAAGAAGAACUUUCAGACCCUAAUGGUAGAUACCUCUUCCUGAAGGGCACAAUCCAUGCCACAUGCUUUACCUUCGCCAAUUUAUACCUCCCUAACAGGGGACAAAAACCCUUUCUAAAGAAAACCCUGACAGCCCUAGAUCUCUUCAGCGAUGGAAUACUAAUUAUUGGCGGAGACUUUAACGCACCGCUGAAUCCGAGACUAGACACAUCCGCAGGCCACUCAAUCCUUCCAGACCAUGUACUCAGAGGCAUGCAAGCCACCCUGCAUUAA